AUGACCACCAAGACCGCUUCGAAAGACCGCCUGUGGUCAAGGCGGGAGAUCGAAGGACUGAUAGCAGAAGGCAGGAAGAUCAUAAUCCUCGAUGGACGGGUGAUCAAAGCUGAUGCCUGGCUCCCCUUUCACCCUGGGGGUGACAAGACCAUCUUACAUAUGGUCGGAAGAGAUGGAACAGAUGAGAUCCGGGCCCUUCACUCCCCCGAGGCGCAGGCAGAAAUGCAGAAGUUCGUGAUCGGGAGAAUCCAGGGGAGAUGGGUCAACUUCCUGCCUCCCAUACAGGGUGGACAUUUCAGGCCAUAUGCCAGAGGACAGGAUGACAACGAGGCGGAGGAGGAGGAGGAGGAGGAGGAGGAGGAGGGGGAUUCGGAUUUGCAGACCGAUGGUGCCUUCAGCUCUUGCAGUGACAGUACUGCGCCCCCGUCACCCAUCUUUGAUCCCGUCGAUGUUCGAGACCGAGGGACUUCAUCACCUUCCACUUCCUCGCUGUCGGAAAAUGAGCAGACGGACAUCAACAGCGACCCUAUCCAGAUGAAACUUGCGGCUGAAAAGUCCUCAGACAUACUAAAGUAUCCGUCGUUGGAUUACAGCUCACAGAGUCGGAUUGUCGCCAAGUAUCGGGAAGUUGAUGCUCAGAUACGAGCAGCUGGUCUUUACAACUGCCCAUAUGGUGCCUACGGAGUUGAAUGCUGCAGAUAUAUCCUCCUCUUUGCAUCAUCUCUGCUUGCACUUCACUACUCCUAUUACGCACUCUCGGGUGCCCUUCUGGGCCUUUUCUGGCACCAGCUGGUGUUUACCGCCCAUGACGCCGGACAUAUGGGUAUCACACACAACUUUCAUGUCGAUACCUGCAUUGGAAUCUUGAUCGCAGACUUUUUGGGUGGCUUGUCCAUUGGCUGGUGGAAACGCAAUCAUAACGUCCACCACAUCGUCACAAACUCACCUGAACACGAUCCGGAUAUCGAGCACAUGCCCUUUUUCGCCAUCUCGACUCGGUUUUUCUCGUCAUUACGUUCCACUUACUACGACCGAAUCAUGCAGUUCGAUAGCAUUGCGAGAUUGGCCAUCGCGAAACAGCACUGGCUAUACUAUCCAAUCCUCCUCCUGGGUCGUUUCAACCUCUACCGCCUCUCCUGGGAAUAUCUCUUCCUGGGUCAAGCCCCCAAAAAGGGCCCUGCGUGGUGGCACCGCUAUCUUGAAAUCCUGGGACAGUUUGUCUUCUGGUGGUGGUUUGGUUAUGGAAUCGUGUAUCGCUGCAUCCCUACAGCCUGGGAUCGCUUCGUGUUCGUCAUGGUCAGCCACAUGGUCACCGCACCACUCCACGUACAAAUCACGCUUUCCCACUUUGCCAUGUCUACCACCGACAUGGGCGUCCACGAGUCCUUCCCGCAGAAGAUGCUCCGGACCACCAUGGACGUCGAUUGUGCGCCCUGGCUUGACUUUGUCCACGGCGGGCUCCAAUUUCAGGCGAUCCAUCACCUAUACCCGAGAAUCCCCAGACACAAUCUCCGAAAGGCGCAGGUUUAUGUGCGAGAAUUCUGUAAAGAGACCGGGGUUCCAUAUGCGAUCUAUGGCUUCACGAGAGGGAACAAGGAAGUUCUCGGCAGAUUGGAGGAGGUAGCGAGACAAGUGAGAGUUUUUGAGGAGUGCAGAAAAGUGUGUGCGAGAGAAGUAGUUGGAGAGAGGGAGCAUGCCCACUCCCACUGA